GCGCCGGGCGGGCCCUCAGCGGGCCGGCGGGCCCGGUGGCGGAGGAGGCGCCGCGCCGCUGCCCCGCUCCUUUUCCUUCCUCCCUCCCUCCGCCUCCCGCGCCGCAGAGCGAGGCGGGCGGGCGGGCGGCCGGAGGAGGCGGCGGCGCGGCCGCAGGGACCCCGCCAGCCCCGGGACGCAGGAGAGUAAAUGAUGUUUCUUCGGGAUGGUGCUUACUAGCAGCCUCUCUGCUCCUGCGUUUACUUGACGGAGAUCAUUCAACUUUGACAACACUAUUCAGUUUUAAGUGCUGCAGAAAGUUUGUCUGUUGGAUCUUCACAACUGCGACCCAGAAUGUACUGGUGUGUGGGAACUGAGGAAUCCGCAAUUUGCAGAGAGAGCAACAUGGAUCCACAAAAUGCAGGAACUGUGGACAUGGGUGGCAAACAGUCCACAGUUGGCGAAGUCUCCGUAAUUCAGACACCUGUGACAGAAAGCAUUCAGGAUGCUUACAAAGCUGGAGACACCAGUAAGGCCCAAGAGUUGAUUAAGUUGUCAUGUGAGGAGACUGCACUGCAGGUGGAAAAGUGUCAGCUUUUAGGUAUUGCAGCAGCAUAUGGAGAUCUGCAGGCGGUGAGGUAUUUACUGCAGGAAGCAUUAGUGGUGUUACCAACAGAACCUAAUGAUGACAAUGCAGCUGUGGUGGCUGCAUAUUUUGGACAUAAGGAUGUUGUGAAAGAGCUGCUGGAUUCCUUGCAUGUAGGUCCUAGUGCUUGCCAGCAGCUCCUGAACUGGAUGCUGGCUAUAGCCUGCCAGCAGGGACAUUUGGACAUAGUAAAACUUCUGAUUCGUGCAUACAGUGCUGACCCAGAGAGCUGUGCAGUCAGGAGGAAUGAGUUUCCAGUUCUUAUACGGUUGCCCCUGUAUGCUGCUAUAAAGGCAGGGAAUGAAGAUGUAGCUGUAUUUUUAUUGCGGAAUGGAGCUUUCUUUUGUUCCUACAUCCUGAUGGACAGUCCUGAAUCCAGCAAACACCUUCUGAGGAAGUAUUUCAUUGAGACAAGCUCACUACCGGGUAGUGCUCCAGCAAAACCAGCUUUGUGUGUGAACUGGUCAAACCUCAAACUGCCCUGGGUGGAUCUGGACUGGCUGAUUGAUAUCUCCUGUCAGAUAACUGAGCUUGAUCUGUCUGCCAACUGCCUGGUUUCCCUUCCCUCCGUCAUCCCAUGGGGCCUGAUAAACCUUAGGAAGCUCAGCCUGGCUGACAAUCAGCUGACAGAGUUACCCAGCGUACAGUCAUCUGAUGAAAUUAUAUGUACAAGGUUACUGGAGAUUGAUGUGUCCAGCAACCGGCUCUCUACUCUCCCUUCUGGAUUCCUACACCUUAAAAACCUUAAAAAACUCAUCGCUUCCAAAAACUAUAUGGAGAAGUUAUUUGAUGAGGAAAACACAACUAAUUGGAUUGGUUUAAGGAAGCUGCAGGAGUUUGACGUCUCUGACAACAGGUUGGUGGAACUUCCAACGGUUUUUCUGUACUGCUUCAAGUCCCUCAACAUACUGAAUGUUUCCAGAAAUCAGCUGAAAGUGUUUCCAGACCCCUGGGCCUGCCCCUUGAAAUGUUGUAAAGCAUCUAGAAACUUACUGGAGUUUCUGCCUGACGCAUUGACUAUUUUCUGGAAAAAUCACCUCAGAGAAGUGGAUUUUUCUGAGAACGCACUAAAAGAAGUUCCACCAGGACUCUUCCAGCUUGAAGCUUUGGUGUCCCUGAAGCUUCUAGGAAAUCAUUUAGUUACAUUGCCUUCACAAGAUAAGUGGAAUUGCAAACAACUUAAAUCGCUGGAUCUUUCAAAAAACCAACUUGGGAAGAGUGACGAAGGAUUUAAAACAAAGCGGAUUCCCUUUUUCACCACGAAGAGCAGGGUGCGCUGUGGCCCAGAGGCAGGUCCUUUUUUGGAGUUUCCAGCAUUUCUGAGUGAUUCUCUGGAAGUCCUUUAUCUGAAUGACAAUCAGCUGGACUCUGUCCCGCAGUCCGUUUGUCAUCUGAAAGGUUUAACAGAACUUUACUUAGGAAAUAACCCUGGUAUCCGAGAGCUUCCUCCAGAACUUGGACAGCUGGCUAAUCUCUGGCAGCUGGAUAUCGAGGAACUAAAUAUCAGUAACGUUCCUGCAGAGAUCAGAAAAGAGGGCCCUAAAACAGUGCUGGCAUACUUAAGAGCACAGCUGCGCAAAGCAGAAAAGUGUAAGCUAAUGAAGAUGAUCAUCGUCGGUCCUCCACGACAGGGAAAGUCAACGCUGAUUGAGAUCCUACAGACAGGAAAAGUCCCUCAGAUGAUGCACAGCGAUGCCACCAUACGUACAACAAAGUGGGAGCUCCCCAAGCCAGUGGGACACAAGGCAAAGGUUGAUUCAGUGGAGUUCAAUGUCUGGGAUAUCGGAGGCCCAGCAAGCAUGUCUACAGUCAAUCAGUGUUUCUUCACAGACAAAGCAUUGUACAUAGUGGUAUGGAACUUGGCACUGGGGGAAGAAGCUGUGGCAAACUUACAGUUCUGGUUGCUGAACAUUGAGGCCAAAGCUCCAAAUUCAGUGGUGUUAGUGGUAGGAACACACCUUGAUUUAAUUGAAACAAAAUUUCGCGUCGAGAGGAUAGCAACUCUGAGGGCAUACGUCUUGGCUCUCUGUCGGUCUCCGUCUGGAUCCAGAGCAACUGGCUUCCCAGAUAUCACAUUUAAGCACCUGCAUGAGCUCUCAUGUAAGACUCUGGAAGGCCUCGAUGGACUCCGACAGCUGAUUUUUCACGUCACUUGCAACAUGAAGGAUGUUGGCAGCUCAAUAUGCUCACAGAAACUUGCAGGGAGAUUGAUACCAAGAAGUUACCUUAGUCUUCAAGAAGCUGUCCUUGCAGAACAGCAUAGAAGAAGUCAGAAUGAUGAUGUCCAGUAUUUAACAGACAGACAAAUAGAACUGAUCAUUGAGCAAACACCUGAAAAUGAUAUCAAAGACUAUGAAGACUUGCAAACUGCGAUUAAUUUUCUCAUAGAAACAGGUACACUGCUGCACUUCCCAGACACAAGCCACGGCCUAAGAAACCUCUACUUCCUUGACCCUGUCUGGCUCUCAGAGUGUCUGCAGAGGAUUUUCAACAUCAAGAGCUCCAAGUCUGUAGCUAAGAAUGGAGUCAUCAGAGCAGAGGAUCUCAGGAUGCUGCUGGUUGGGACGGGCUUCACUGAGCAAACCGAAGAGCAGUACUUCCAGUUCUUGGCUAAGUUUGAAAUUGCACUGCCUGUGGCCAAUAACAGCUACCUCCUCCCUCAUCUGCUUCCUACCAAGCCAGCACUAGAUAUCCACGGGCUCUGCCACCAGACCUCAAACACAGUCCAAAGGGUCUUCAAGAUGAGUUUUGUCCCAGUUGGCUUUUGGCAAAGGUUCAUAGCCCGAAUGUUAAUUAGCCUGGCAGAGAUGGACCUCCAGCUCUUUGAAAACAAGAAGAACACCAAGACAAGAAACAAAAAGGUGACCAUCUACAGCUUCACAGGCACCCAAAGGAACCGCUGCAGCACGUUCCGAGUCAAAAGGACUCACACUGUUUACUGGCAGGAAGGUCUGUUCGUUACCUUUGAUGGAGGCUAUCUUAGUGUCGAGUCUUCUGAUGUGAACUGGAAAAAGAAAAAAAGUGGUGGAAUUAAAAUCAUUUCCCAGUCAGAAGUGAGAGACUUCUCAGCAAUGGCGUUCAUCACAGAUCAUGUCAACUCUUUGAUAGACCAGUGGUUUCCUGCACUCACAGCCACCGAGAGUGACGGUACGUUGCUGAUGGAGCAGUAUGUGCCCUGCCACAUCUGCGCAGCUUCCAAGCCGGAGGAGAAUGAGUGUGGUGAGAAGGCGGAGGACGUGCAGUACUUUAACAUGGAGGACUGUGUCCUGACUGCCAUUGAACUGGACUACAUCACAUGUCCUAACCACCCUGACAUCCCCGUUUCUCUCCAAGAGCUGGUCCCAGAGCUUUUCAUGACUGAUUUUCCUGCCAGACUGUUCCUGGAAAAUAGCAAACUGGAAUGCAGUGAAAAUGAAAACAAUGUUCUUGGCCAGGGUGGAAGUGGAACCGUUAUAUAUCGGGCACGAUACCAAGGAAAACCAGUGGCUGUGAAGAGAUUUCAGAUUAAAAAAUGCAAGGGUUCUCCUACUUCAGCUGCAGAUACCAUGCUGAAACACCUGAGAGCUAUGGAUGCCAUGAAGAACUUCUCCGAGUUUCGCCAGGAGGCCAGCAUGCUCCACUCUCUGCAACACCCCUGCAUCGUCUCCCUCAUUGGCAUCAGCAUCCAUCCUCUCUGCUUUGCCCUAGAGCUGGCCCCUCUGGGCAGCCUCACCACUGUAUUGUCUGAAAACUCCAAAGGGUCUUCCUUUGUGCCACUGGGGCACAUGCUGACACACAAAAUAGCGUAUCAGAUUGUAACAGGCCUUGCCUACCUGCAUAAGAAGAACAUCAUCUUCUGCGACCUGAAGUCAGACAAUAUUUUGGUGUGGUCCCUGGACGUUAAAGAACACAUCAAUAUCAAACUCUCUGACUACGGAAUCUCCCGGCAGUCAUUCCACGAAGGCGCGCUUGGUGUGGAAGGCACGCCGGGCUACCAAGCUCCUGAGAUCAGACCUCGCAUAGUCUACGAUGAGAAGGUUGACAUGUUCUCAUAUGGGAUGGUCCUGUAUGAGCUUCUGUCUGGUCAGCGGCCUGUGCUGGGACAACACCAGCUCCAGAUUGCAAAGAAGCUGUCUAAAGGGAUCCGUCCCGUUCUUGGGCAACCAGAAGAGGUGCAGCUAUAUAGGAUGCAGGCACUCAUGAUGGAGUGUUGGGACACCAAGCCAGAAAAGCGUCCACUGGCCAUUUCUGUGGUAGGACAGAUGAAAGAUCCUACUUUUGCAACAUUUAUGUACCUGCUAUCCUGUGGGAAGCAGUCUUCCUUCUUCUGCUCCCAAGGACAGGAGUACACUGUGGUGUUCUGGGAUGGGAAGGAAGACACCAGAAACUAUACAGUGGUGAAUCCGGAGAAGGGAGUCAUAGAAGUGGAGAGGAUGAGCUGCCCAGGAAUGAAGCUGUGCUGCCAACUAAAAUUCCAGAAUGCCCUCUGGGCUGCCACAGAGGACCAGAAGAUUUCUGUGUAUGGAUUGCAGGGCAUGUGUCCUUUAAAGUCUCCGCAGAAGGGUUUAGACACUCCUGCUACUGUGAGCUGCUUUCUAGUAAUGCCUGUUGUGAAAAAGAACUUCUAUGUGGUGCUGGCUGGCUUGUCAGAUGGACUUGUAGCGGUGUUUUCAGUGUCCCAGGGCAUCCCAGGGGACAGCUGCUCCUACCUGUGCUCCCACACAGCAAACAGGUCCAAAUUCAACAUUUCUGAUGACGACCCCCGGCAGAACCCGUACCCCGUGAAGGCCAUGGAGAUCACCAACAGCGGAGCGGAGGUCUGGUACAGCAACGGUCCUGGCAUCCUCAUCAUAGACUGUGCCAUGAUGGAGAUCAGCAGGAGGCUGGAGCCGUUCAGCCCGCCGUCAAUGAUCACAUCCAUCGCCUGCAACUCCGAGUGUCACGGGGAGGAGGUGGUGUGGUGUCUGGAUGAUAAAAGCAACUUCCUGGUGAUGUAUCACGUUACCACUUACCAGCUCUGUGCGCGCUACUUCUGCGGAGACUGCAGCCCCCUCAGAGACAUGUUUACAAUCCAGCAGCCUUCGGCAGCCAUCCCCGCUACGGCACCUGUGAACCACAAAGCAGUGGAGAAUAACCCGCUGGUGGAUGUGAGCAUUAUCUACAGCCCGGAGGUUGGCACCCAGAUAUUAAACCACCAGGACUCGCUCACAGAUUAUUGCUCUGUGUCUUCCUACUCCUCCUCACCUCCUAACAGGGUAACCCCAUGCCCCUCCAGCCUACCCAGCUCGCCCAUGAGCUCUUCCAGUGCACUACUCUCCACAGAUUUUGAGGAGUCUGACAAAUUUCGUGAGCUGAAGCCUUCCCUGGAUCAUGAUGCUGUGCCUGGAGGUGACAGCAUGCAGCAUCUCCAAGCUGUCAAGAUUCUUCCAGUAAAAGAUCUCAUAUGGAUCCCCAGGAGAGGAGGGGAUAUCAUUGUUAUUGGACUGGAGAAGGAAUCCGGCACCCAGCGGGGCAGAGUGAUUGCUGUGCUGAAGGCGGGGGAACUGGCUCCGUACGGGACGCUGGUGGAUGCUGCUCUUGUAGCAAAGGACACAGUUGUGUGCUGCUUCGAGAACGAAAACAUGGAGUGGUGCCUGGCUGUCUGGAGGGGCUGGAGUGCCAGAGACUUUGACAUUUUCUACCAGGCCUAUGAAGAGCUGGGAAGGCUUGAAACCUGCAUGCGAAAAAGAAGGUAGUGCUUGUGGCACUGGGAACCGAGGCUCGAUGAAAGCAUCCUGCUCUGAGCACGCCUGGACUCCGAGACACAGCCCCGGAGAGGCAUGGGACGAGGGGUGCGUGGGGGGAGCGUGCGUCUGGUGUGCUGCUAGUGAGCACUGUGGGGUCUCCAUGGCUGCAGCCCCAUCAGGGCUUUCGGGGACUGAAGAAACUGGUGUGAGCAGGGCAGGGCUGAGCCCAGGAGCUGGAGCAUCUCUCCACUCGCUUGCUCCAUCACACCCUCCCCUGCAGUAGUCGAGAGCAGAAGGUGGAGGUGGCUGCAGUUCUGCUCAUGCCUCUAUUUCCAGUUUCCUCUUCCCAUUUUACAUUCCUUCCUCACCUUCAGCAUGCCCUGGCUGCUGCUGCUGCUGCUUUUAUAGUGUAUCUUGUCAGCUGGGAGAGCUCCGUUAACCGCAGCGGGCUCUUUCCUGGGAGCCUGAGCACGUUCCAGUCCCCGCUGCCUGCUGGCCGGCAGUGCGGCUCGCUGUGGGCUAAUUCACGCUGCUCCCGGGAGAAAUGCACCUGCUGGAUGCCCUGUGCCGCGGGGCCACUGACCACCUCCUGCAGGUUUGUUAGAGGCUACUUCAGGUGUAGCCCCUGUUGUGACUGCUGUGUAGAGACGUCCAGGUGUUAAGAACCAGCAAUAAGCUUUGGCUGGCCACUGCGUUUCUGGUUCCUAAAAGCUAUUGCGUUACAGUGUUACUGUGAGAGAGCCUAAAAUAAUCUGCCGAUAAUACUGCACAAUCUCCGUGCGUGAGUGAGCUACUUAAUUGCACUGUUGCAAAGUCAGUUGUAAAUAGAGCUGAUACAAAGCAAAGCCACUCGGUUUGACAGAUACUUCCUGGGGUAAGAGAAGGGAGCCCUGUGGCCAGGAAGGUUUAUAAACUGUCUUUGCUCCACUCUUUCUCUUGGUAAAUGCACAUGGGGUAUGGGGAACACGAUGAGCUUGAUUUGCCUGUGUAUCUGUGCAGCUUCCGCUCACCACAGCUUUUAUUUUACCUUCAUUAGUGGCCCGAGGUGAUGUAUUGGUUCUGAAUACAGUUGCACUUAGUUAUCCCAAGCAUGUACAGCAGUGUAAAAAGAGCCUGGCUAAGCACCCUGUAAAAAGGUGUACAGUUUGAAUUUUGGACCUUUUUGUUUUCUAUCCAAGGAAACUUGUGUGAGCAUCGGCAAGGCUGGCCAAGGCCGAAUGGGCAGGUUAACCCUCUGGUUCACAUUUCUGUUGCAGGCUGCUAAAAUAUCCUUCUUCAGAAACAGAGUGUAUCUUAAAAUAAACAGAUUCCUCCCCAGGA